AUGGCCAGCACCGCACCCAAAACGUACUGGGCGGACGAAGUCGAUGAGCUCGAGCAGCCAAAGGGCGAGGAUUUCGUUGACGAGAAUGGCAUUCGCACGACUGUGGAAUACACGAUAAACGAUGAGGGCAAGAAAAUUACGCGGAAGAUCAAGCGUGUAUUGCAGAAGGCGGUAGUGGACCACUCCGUAGCCGAGAGGAAGGCAUGGUCAAAGUUUGGGCAGGAGAAGGGGAACAAGCCGGGCCCGGAUCGCGCAACCACAACCAUCGGAGAGAACGUUGCGUUGAAGUUGAGUGCGGGCAACAAGGCAGCCGCCCAGGAGCAGUCAGCAGAGCAGGCCGUCAAAACCAACCUCGCAAAGGCGGGUGCAGGCAAGGUCAUCUGCCGUCUGUGCAAGGGCGACCACUUCACCGCAAAAUGUCCUUACAAGGACUCACUGUCCGGUCUGGAUGGUGCUGACACCCCUCCUCUUGGUCUGGACGACACCGGCACCCCCGCAGAGCCCGCUGCAGCCGCACCAACAGCAAGUACGGGGGGCAAGUACGUCCCUCCUUCUAUGCGUGGGGGUGGACGUGGGCCUGGGGAGUCAAUGGGCCGUCCCGGCGGGUCGCGCGACGAUCUCCCCACGCUCCGUGUCACGAACAUCUCAGAGGACACUCAAGAGAACGACUUGCGCGACUUGUUCGGGGGGUUUGGCCGCGUUGCGCGCGUGUAUGUGGGCCGCGACCGCGAGACGGGCGCGGGCAAGGGCUUCGCGUUCGUCAGCUUUGAGGAAAAGGCUGUUGCGCAGAAAGCAAUGGAGAAGAUGCACGGGCGGGGUUACGAUAACCUGAUAUUGAACAUCCAGUGGUCACAACCGAGGGAGCAGCGGUGA